CUUACCAAAAGAAACAGAAGAAAACAAAACCAGCUCUGGUUUUUUGCCACAAGCCCACCUUUUAAAAUAAAAAAAAUCCCCUAUAUAGGGAGCACCUCAAGAUCAUCUUCUCCAUCAAUACACUCAAACAUUCACGUUCACUACUGAGAAGUUGAAAGCUUCAAAGAAAGGUCAGUAAAGAAGAGAAAAGAAAUCAUAAUCGUGAUGAGUUCAUCAAGUGCAAGCAAGGCUAUUGUGGCAGCAAGUGUUGGAAUUGUGGAGGCAUUGAAGGACCAAGGGAUAUGCAGAUGGAACUCUCCUUUAAGAUCUGUGCACCAGCAAGCCAAAACCCAACUCAGGUCAUUUUCUCAGGCCAACAACAAGCUCUCAUCUUCUUCUGCUUCAGCUGCUUUCAGUAAAGUCAGAGAUGAGAAGCUGAAGAAAUCAGAGGAGUCUUUGAGGACAGUCAUGUACUUGAGCUGCUGGGGUCCCAACUAAUUCAAUCAGCAGAGAGACAGAGAGCAAAAAGAUCAGAAUUUUGUGCAAGAGGUUGCUGAAAUGGAGCUUGGGCAUGAACACAAGCAUGAAACAAGAUGACACGACCCAUGAAAGGGCUCCUUGAGUUUUAUAUAUAUCAAAUGAUCAGGAUAUAUAAACUUGUUGGGUUACAUACUACUGGCAAAGGCAAUCGUUGUAAAUGGCAGACAAUUCAUUCAUGUCUGCUUGCUUGCUUGGGGCAAGUUGAUGUAAAUUACCAUAUAAUGCAAAAGCACACAUAUUUCUGAGCAAUUGAUGCCUUGAUCA